AUGAGGGCCCUUCUACUACUUUUACCAGUUUUUUGCCUAGCAAAUUCGCAGGCUACUGGUGGAUAUGCCGCAGAAUCUGUGCCGGAACAAUUGUCCGACGUGAAACUAAAUGACUAUCUAGGAGCAAUUAAAUCCAUCGAGGACACAGCACUUGCCCAAGUACACCAGGUGUAUGCUGAAGCUGAGGCUGCUAAGGAUGAGCUGUAUGGAUCAUGGGCUUCUCGUGUGAAGCAGGUAUGGAAAGACAAGAUGAUGAAAGACGCGGAGAAGGCUCUUCAGCUGGAGCUGAUCAAACAGGAGAUGGUUGACCGGUAUAAGGCCGAGACCGAGAAGGUUUACAUGCAAGCCGUCCAGGCCGCCAAGGAAUACCAACAGGCCUACCUUGCCGCCAAGGCCGCCCAGCGCCAAGCCAUCGCUGACAAGUACAACGAGUUCAAACAGAUUGUCAAUGCCUCGAUCGAGGCCAAGGUGGCGCAGGCGAAGGAGAACAUGGCUGAAAUCGGCGCGUACCUGCAGCAAGUCGACGAGCUCUACCGUAACCACAAGGCUGCUAGCGAUGCCGCCAUCGAGGAGCGCCGUCAGGCCCUCAAGGACAAGCUGGCCACCAUCUACAACCAACUUGAGACCCAAGGCAACGAGCUGAAGGCUGAUGGCGAACGACUUGGAGCCGAUCUGAAGGCGUUCAUGGAGAAGCGCUAUCAAUACAAGCAAGACGGACACGGCGCGGCCAAGGAAGUCUUGAAGGAGGUGUUGACCGAGUCGUUGGAGCAAAAGCUUGAGAAGAAGCUAGACAAGGAACUUCAAAAAAUGGUGGAGGACGAGAUCAAGGGCAAACUGAAGCACCCGAAGAUGGCCCUCCCAGUAGUGGUGAAGAAAACGACCGACACCGAGACCGAGACCAAAGUUGUGUCCCCUGAAUACAAGGCUACACUUCUGGAGACCCUCACCGGAGCUUCAGCCUGGGAAACUGUCGCCUGGGUCCUGUUGGCCCUUUGCAUCCUCCUAUCCGUUGCCCUGAUCGCCCUGAUCGCCUACCAGUAUUACCAGGUGGCCCAGAAGAACAAGUACGGCAAGCUGGAGGGUGUCGACAGUCCGCAUAGGCCCUCAAUGGCUCGCGCCGAGCGAGCACCCAUCAACACGGCGCCCCCACUCACCUACACGCAUGAGAAGCCCCUCUUCGCAAUUUUGAAACAAACAAGCCCCCGCUCCACUCUACAG